UAAUGUGGCUAAAGAUGCUGAAAGUGUCUAUAAGAAAAUCACAGAGAUGGAAGGAUGUGAGGGGGAGACCUCUGGGCCCAGAAUUCAUGAUCAAAGUGGCAUAUGAUUGACUUUUGUAAAGAAGAAUAUUUUUAUACAUUUUCCCCUGAAGCCAAGCCCAAGUGCCCCUCCUCCCACUAGGUCCAUUGAAAAAAUCUUGUGGAUUUUUUCUAGUCCCUGCUCGGUAUUUCUCUCCUGUCAAUAUCACCAGAAACAGUUCUCCUCACUCUUCUAGAAUUUGACAAACUAUCUUGGGGACCCUCAACCCUAACCCCAUUACUUACCAGUAGGAGCAGCUUCUCUGGCUUGGAGUAGGAAAAUCAGCUAUCAUUUUAUCAUGGGUCAGAACUCAAAGCAUUGCUUAGCAAGUCAUGUUACAUGAAACAACUGUGUUUAGUGCAGCAGUGAGGAAAGAUGUGGGAUGCAGCCUGCAUGUAGGUCCCAAUUUACAGUGUCUUCAGGGACAGCAAAGGCAAACGGGGAGGUGGCUGGGCUGCUCCGUGUAGGCCGCACAUGAGGCCUGCGGCUCUCCUGGGAAACAAGGCCUUUGUCGAGGCUUUCCUUGGAGAAGGCCCUGCCCACUGCAGUCGGCCAGACAAAGGGCUUCUUUCACCCAUGCACUGUCUCUCUUCGUUUCAAUCUUCUUGUUUCCUCGGCAGGUUUACUCAGGAGCAAAAGCACCACGGGGGUUCUUCUGGCAUUCCCCCCCUCAGCAGUCUCUGGGUGUUUACUUGGAAGUAACUCCCUCCGAGCUCAGUGGGGCUAAACGCCAGGAAAGGGUGCAUAAGGCUGCAGGAGUGAAACCUCACUGCAUUUCAUAGCCGCUAUUUGCCCCCAAAGAGGAAUUCUUCUCAUAAAGAACCGUAAAAUAGGCUAUAAGGCCCCUCUGCCAGUUGGUGAUCUUGAGGCUGGGUGGCACCAUUAAUAAGGAAUUAAGCAGGAGUGAUGCUACAUCGGUUUUAUGAUUGAAGUAUUUACUAAGGCAGAAUUGAUUUAAUUGAAGGAUGUUGCACAUCAGCUUUCAUAUCCUCAGAAUUCAUGCAUCUUAAGAAACUUCCUCCCUGUGCUUGACUGCUGGUUUCAUCUCAAGGCUAAAAGUUCAUUUCUUCUUGCUCUUUCUCUUCCUAAAAUAAACAAGCCUGAGAGGGAAGAGAAGUGAGAAAGCCUGCAGGGGAAACGGAGAUUGUAAUCUAAAUUUCAGAAGGACUAUCUGCAGGAAUAAGCCAUAGAAGAGAGGAUGAAGUCUCUGGGACGAGGCUACUCCGUUUGAUUAGAACCGCAUGCAGGAUUGCAGCUCCCGAACAGGAUUAGAAACAUGUGGGGCGGAGCAGGGCUUGCCUGCCUCUCUGUAGCAUCUCCAUGCCUGGCUCGCUGCCCCCUGUGUUUCCGAGGGUGAAAGUCUGCAGCAGGAAGCCCGGUUUGCCGUUAGAGGCCUGACGUCCUUACAGUGGGACCUUUUAAUUCUAAGUAUUUUUAAAAAUCCUUCUUAAUUCAUCCGGCUUCUCUGGCUGCUUUUGCCGGUUCUUUGGGACCCAGAGUUACUUCUGUGCAACGGUUUCCCCUAGGUCUGUCCAUGCAACUUCUCUUUCGGCUGGGCCUUUUCUUGGUGCUUGUGGUAACAGGUAAGGAGUAGCUGGUUAAUUCGGCCCGUCGGGGUGUGGGAAGAAAGAACCUGUAAACCGUCCCGAGACGUCUUAGAUGGGACCGUAUAAAAAAGAUUUAAAUAAAUAAAUAACACCCCCCCUCCGGUUCAGUGGGCCAGUCGCAGCUGGGGUGGGAUAACUUGGCGUUUGUUGGAAUACCCAGUAGGGCUCCCAAAGGAAGAGAAGGCUGGUCUCUCAGAGGCAGUGAUGUAGGUUUUCUGGACAAUUUCCUGCAAAAUUAGAUUAGCAUUAGACUAAGAACACUGAAUUAGUGGCGCAGUAGGUGGAAUCUUGCCUGGUCAAUUCCUUUGCAUGUUUCAACCAUCAAAGGGAACACAGCAGUAGAUUAGGUAGCAUACAAGAGAACUGACAAGAAAAGACUGCUUUCUUUGCCAGUUUAUUCAAUUAUUAUUCAUUUAUUAGAUUUAUAUCCCACUUUUUUUCUUUUUAAAGAACACAAAGCAGCUUACGUCAUGCGCCUCUUCCUGCUCGCAGUCAUCCCCACAACAACAACCCUGUGAGGGAGGCUGGACUGAGACUGGCCCCAAGUCACCCAGUGGGCUCCAUGGCUGAGAAAAGCCAGCCUGGGAUCACCUGGGCUGAGUUCAGAUGCUCUGACAACCCUCCAUGGCUUGCUGCCCCUGAAGGCUUGCUAUCCCAAUGAGAACCAGGUCAAAAUCUCUUAAAGCAAGUUUAUCCAAGUCAGCUCAUUACUGGAGAUGUAAUACUGCUAAUCUUUCUUUUAAUCAUAUGUUUUCAUAUUGUCCAGUUGUUGCCUCCUUUUGGGAAGAGGGUUGCACUUUGUACUGGAACAUCCUUUAAUAUUAAUUCACCAAGUAAUUAAUUCUUUAAUGUACAUGUGUUUUUUAAUGAUCCACUUGCUUCCAAGAAAGUAAAGCAUGUUCAGCAACAAUGGAUUUUCUUUCCUCUCUAGAGUGCUAAAAGACUGAUAUUACAGGACUGGAAGGAUAAAUGCUCACAUACAAAGAAUUUGUGACUUAACUUUCAGCAUCUAAGAUAGUGAUAUAUUGAUGCCACUUAAACAUGGACAUAUAUGUGGAUAUUUGGACUGUCUUUUUUGAAGCUUUUUAAAAAUUCUUGUCAUUUUACUCUAGAAAAUUGAAUGUUCAUACACACAAACACAUUUCAUGCCUAUAAAUUAAAAAUGAUGAAUUCAAGCCAUGUGAUUAGAAUGUUCUCUUUGUUUUGAUGAAAUUUCUGAUGAAAUAUAUGAUUUGCAGUUAAAAAUGAAAAGCUUGGAGGUGCACUCUGUUAGUUAUCCACAGUUUAGAUAUUUACCAUGUGCCACACUCUUCUGCCUGUCCCGUGUGCUUUCUAUAACACCUUAUCUUCCCUCCCACAGCUACCUUUUUAGAAUGUGAAAUUUGCACGGGAAUAAAAACCUGCAAAGGUGACUGGAAGAUUUGCCCUAAGGAAAAAAACUCUUGUGCCAUCACUGUAAUGGAACACGAAGGAGCUCAUGGCAACAUUUUUGCUCUUCAAAAGAGUUGUGUCUAUAAUGAUGACUGCGACCUUGGACUCAUUGAUUUGACUUAUGGAGAAGGACAGUUCAUGAGGGAAAAUACCUUCUGUUGCUCUGGGAGUCCCUGCGUAACACCCCCUCUGGAAUUUUCAGCAUUCAGGAGCAAGGUUCAAAAUGGAAAGAUUUGCCCAGGCUGCUCUUCUUUGUCGUCAGUGUGCCUUGACGAGGUGGUGCACUGUAAAGGAGCAGACAACUACUGCUUCGGUUUUGUCACAUACAAAGAAGAUGACACCAUAAACAGCACCACAAAGGGCUGCACUACUAAAGCCGUCUGUGCAGCAUUAAAUAGGUACAGAGGGAAGAUUUUGCGUGGGACUGAGCUGAAAGACAUAGCGUGUGAACCAGCCAAGGAUGUUCUAGUCAAGGUCGCUCCAUCCUCUGGAUUCACUUUCCUGGCUCUCCUGCUGAUGAACCACCUCUUGUAAUGAGUCUCUUGCAGCAUCUUGGCACCAGAGAAGGUCUCCUCAUUUUUUCAUACAAGCUUUCUUGUGCAAGUUUGGUUUUUUCAAGAGUUUUGACUUUCUGGAGGUUUCUUUGAAUGAACACAAACGUUGGAGAAGGAAAAAGUACGAGCCUUUGCCUGGUUGUGCUGGUCUAGCAAUAAAAUGGUUUGGAAGUCAAAUCUGAAAUAAAAUUUGGAAUGAAUAGAAAUGUUGGUGACACUUCCAGGAACCUUGCUUUCUGUGGUAAUUUAAUCGAUGUGAUUAAAUGUUCUUUCUUCAUUGAUUGAA